ACGCUGAUGCGAGUCGCGUUAACUAAUUCCGCCUUUUUUCGCUUCCUCACGAAAGUUUAUACUCGCUGAUAGUCAAUUAAUCUGAACAGCUAUUCGAUUUCUAUGUAGACGACGGCAGCGAGUGAUCCUGUAUCGCGAAUAACAUCGGUAAAUCGAAGCGCUUCGCGUUCGUUGUACGCAUCUUGAGUCUGAUCAUUACCCAUCCGCGAUUUACCAGUAUUAUCGAGUCCCGAUCAUCGGUCGCGAGUUCGCGUUCCAUCGGUGGUUAGCUCGUUCGAGCGAAGAAUACGGAGAAAUCCGAUGGUUCGCUCGCGUUUUGCUAGGAACGACGGAAGAACGCGGUUCGAUUAACGGUUAGUUCUCGAGCUAACGUUUAUCGAAACGCGUUUAUUCAAGAAUUAUGCGAAAACGUCUCUUCCGACCACUGCCAUUCACCGAUACGCGCCGAGAUUUGAAGUGUACACAGUCGACCACGUGUGCGCUAUUUCUUUAUCAACGCAAUAAAAAACGCCCGUGUAAUCCGUUUACCGUACGUUGUGUACCUUUCCAGCGAAGAUAAAAAUCGGUCGUUCCGACGUCGCGAUCGGCGAAAAGGUGGUAUAAAAGAGAACAAGGGAAAGAGUUGAGAUUCUGUUCGCGUUUGCGUAGGAAUUUUGGCAGAACGUUUCGAGAUGUUAAUUUCGAGCGCUUGGUUCGAGAUAAUAGCAGCGGCACUCUUGACGACGUUGAUCUUCGCGACUAGCUAUCGGCCAGUCUGGUGGUUCUGGAGCGGAGCUUCGCACAGGACCAACGCUCCGGUCGAAGUGACGGACCGAAGGAAAUUUAAGACGGUCUCGGAUGUGCCAGGACCGUACUCCUUGCCGAUUCUUGGAACCAGGUGGAUAUUCUCCGGCUUCGGAUCCUAUACUUUGAACAAGAUUCACGACGCUUACAAAGAUUUGAAUCGACGGUACGGAGCGUUGUGUAAAGAGGAGGCAUUAUGGAAUUUUCCGGUGAUUUCCGUGUUCUCUCGUCAAGACAUCGAGACCGUUCUACGACGAAGUCCGAGGUAUCCGCUUCGCCCUCCGCAGGAAGUGAUAUCCCAUUAUCGUCGAACCCGUCACGAUCGCUACACGAAUCUCGGUUUAGUCAACGAACAGGGACAAACGUGGCACGAUCUUCGGACCGCUCUUACGUCAGAAUUGACGGGAGCCAACACCGUCCUUGGCUUCUUCCCGGCUCUGAACGUGGUGGCUGAUUCCUUCGUUGACCUGAUCCGUCGGCAAAGAACGAUGGGAUACAAAGUAACGGGUUUCGAGGAGCUCGCCUAUAAAAUGGGACUCGAGAGUACGUGUACUCUGAUCUUGGGAAGACACCUCGGCUUCUUAAAGCCAGACUCCAGCAGCGAAAUCGCGAGCAGAUUGGCGGAAGCGGUCAGGGUUCAUUUCACCGCAUCGCGAGACGCUUUUUACGGUUUGCCGCUUUGGAAGCUGCUGCCUACGUCCGCGUACAAACAGCUGAUAGAAAGCGAGGAUACCAUAUACAAUAUCAUAUCGGACAUCGUGGAAGCCACGAUAUGGGAGAAGCGAGACGAUGCCAAAGACGAAUCUGUGGAAGCAGUGUUUCAAUCCAUAUUGAGGCAGAAGAGUCUCGACGUACGAGAUAAGAAGGCAGCAAUCGUCGACUUCAUAGCGGCUGGUAUACACACGCUAGGAAACACUCUGGUCUUCUUGUUCGAUCUGAUCGGGCGUAAUCCAGCGGUGCAAGCCAAACUGUACGAAGAAAGCUGCUCUUUGGCUCCUCCUGGUUGUGACCUCACCAUCGAAAAUUUACGAAAGGCCAAGUAUCUGCGCGCCUGCAUCAUCGAAUCCUUUCGAAAGAUUCCUACGACAACUUGUAUCGCUCGCAUCCUGGACGAACCCCUCGAACUCAGCGGAUAUCGUCUCAACGCCGGAACUGUGGUGCUGUUGCACACGUGGAUAGCUGGUUUGAACGAAGACAAUUUCAAAGAUGCCUCAGAGUAUUUGCCCGAGAGAUGGUUAACGCCUGUCGCUCCGCAUUCACCGUUACUGGUUGCACCUUUCGGGGCUGGUAGAAGAAUAUGUCCGGGUAAACGAUUCGUGGAACUGGCACUUCAGCUGAUUCUUGCGAAGAUCGUUCGAGAGUUCGAGAUCAUUGUCGACGAGGAGCUUGGCUUGCAGUUUGAAUUUAUUCUCGCGCCAAAGAGUCCCGUGGUUCUUGGUUUCCGGGAUCGUUCUUUGAAAGCGUAACUCGAUGAAGCGGAUUAAACGAUUACUCGAAUCGCUGAAAUCCUCGUAAAGGUUUCACGAUUCAUUUCGAUUCUGUUCGGUUCAGAAUAUUUAUCGUUGUAUUUAUACUUUAUCGCGCACGCGUCGUUUGGGAUCAUUUUAUUUUUCUUUCGUUCGAUUUGCUCAAACUCGUUAUAUAGUCAAGGUUUUUUCGUUUAGUCUAGGUAAAAAUAAGACGAUCCCGAAUGUCAUCAUUUUCUACGUUUAUUGCGUAUCCUAUCGUAUCGUUUUUCAAGGUCGAAAUAAAAGAACAUCGAUCGUUGGCAAACUUACAUUUCUCUGUAAACAGUUGUAAUUCGUAACCGAAUUCGCCCUGGAAAAACAUGUUUUUGAUGCGAUAUAAAAUUAAUUGACGAUACAUGUAUAACGUUCGUGUAAAUAAACAGAUAUAGAUAUCGUUUGUUAAAUAUAA